CUUCGUGCAACAUUCGCCUUGGUGCAACAUUCUAAGACAACCAUUCCUCAACCGCUCGAGUAUCGGCCGACCGACAAUGCGGGCGAUACGCGGUCGGUUCCUGCCGCGUUCCGGUGUCUCCAGUCGACGCAGCAGCUUGAAACCUCUACACUCACUUUCCCUCGUGCCCAACAAUGUUGUGCCAGCUCGACGUAAUUUCUCGUUCAGUGCUACGUACCCCACACCCAGUGAGUCUGCCGCUAUGGAUGACAUGGAAGACAAAUCUACGCCUCGACUGGUCUGUGGCAAGUGCAACUCGUCGUUAAGCCCCACGAAAGACCUGGUCUUCUUCAAAUGGUAAUGUUACAUCCAAAAUAUUUUUUUUUAUUAACUUCUGGCUUUUACGCUGUCAACGCAGGAGGAAUGGCAUUCACGUAUCAAGCGCAACAGAUGAACCGUUGAAGAAUUUGUUUCCGGAGGAUUCAGUGGAGGAAGAUGACGCGAAUUGGAAGAAGCACAAGAUGCUCUGUAUCAAGUGCAAUUACCAAGUUGGCACUUUGGCGCGAAUCUUUUCGUCGGACAAGGUCUUAUUCAGUGCGUCCUGCGUGGCGGUGCAGAUGCCGGAUGAUCAGUCUCCGUUGCUGUCUUUGUCGGGUUAUCCUUCAUCGCUGCUGAGCUUUACGAUGUGGUCAGAGCUGAUCUUGAUGGCGGAGACACAACCAAAACUCAAGGACUUGCUGCAGAUCCGCAGAGUGGAUAACAUUCAGGAAAACACAUCGGAAAGCGCCAAGCUGAACCGUAAACUGCUCAUGGCUACAGACUUACAGGAACUGCUACGCACGGUGGAUGAAAAUGUUUUCUCUUUGAAUCACUAUAACAUUAGAACGGCUAUCGACCGCGCAGGCCGAUUUGUGUCGACCAGAACAACACGAGCGAAUUUACCGGCAGUCAGUAAUGUGACCAAUUUCAGUAAAUCCGAAGCUCCCGAAGAUGACCUACUAGCAGUUCCGUCGCCAGCCCUGUUUCCGAAGUGGACGACCAAGCCUAACGCCUUGGAUACACAGCGAUUUUGGAAGUUGAUUGAUGAGACUGAAAAGCUGGUAAACUUUGGCAUUGCCGCCUUUAAAACAGGCAGUGCGCUGACCAAUUUCACGACUGCUCUGAUGCGUCUUGGUGUGGGACGGACGUCCAUUCUGCAACCUGUAGCAGCGCAAACGGUGUUUAUGCUGCAAUCCGAGAAAGCGAAAAUUAACGCACAUGAAGCCUGCAUGGUCAUGUCGGCGAUUACCCACCUGCUACCGAGAGAAAGUCGUCGCCAAGAGUGGGUUCUGGAGUCUUUACAAACCGCAAGCGAGAUGGUAAUGGCCGAGCUAGAUGAUGAACACACCAGCGUCGAGGACAAACAGCGAGCUGCUGAAGUGCUUGUCCCACUCGCACGAUCAUUUCUGUUUGUAGAGAGCUUCGACGAAGAUCUGUUCCGCCGAACCUUCAAGGAGGUUAACUCUGGAGCCCUGGACAAGCUGAACAUGCCACCGUUUAAGCUGAGAGUGCUUAAGUCGAAGUUGUACCAGGUUCAUCUGGACUGCGAGCUCAGUGACCGACCCAGCGAGUUCAGGUUAACAUCAUCGCUCGAGGAAGAAUGCAAGCGAGUGUUUGAUGCCCACCAGGCCAAGGCCAAAAGCUCGUCGUUCCGUCUACACCACCUUGUCUGUACUGCUCUGGACGAGAUCGGAAUGCAGAACGAGACGUUGUACGCUACGGAGACAGGCUAUCAUCUUGAUGUGGUGGCACCGAGGCAGAAAAUUGCUAUCGAGAUCAACCCAUCAGACUGUUAUCAGGCGUUGGAGCCAAGCGAUGAGGACAAGGACCCUAAAACCUUCGGCUUUGUCGACCUGAAGACGCGGCACCUGGAGCUGAUGGGCUGGACUGUCAUCCAACUGCACGCCGAUCGGUUCCAGCAACUAGAAACUCUGGAGGACCGCGUCAUGCAUCUCAGUAUGCUGUUAGAAAUCGCCACUUGCCGCGGGCAGAAGGCAAAUUCGGCCGCUCGAGAGGCAAUUAGGAAGUAAACGAGCACACCUAUCACAGUUGAUGCAAUAGCUUUUUGAAUAGACAACCAUUCAAUGCAAACAAAGGUCAUGAGUUUUUGUCA